UUAGACUCAAAUAUAAAAGUAAAAUGUCUUAUCCGUUGAACAGUAAAUCGUAAAUCGUGUUAUUACAACCGAUCAAUUCAUUUUGUUAAAAAGAAAGAUCCUAUGUUAUCAAUUUAAGGUUCUAGGAGGUGAAAAAUUAUUUUAAAAAAAAACUAUAAAAAUCUAUGAAUUCUACCCUACAAAUAUGCGUUAAAGAGCUAUCAAUUCAGCAUUUGAGUCACCAUGAAAACACCCAUUGUUAACCGUUUCUCUUCCUCUUUUACAAACAUUGGUUCAGCAUCAUCAUGGUUCGAGAUUUAUGCAGCCUUCUCAACAUUCAUGAUGCUUUUAAGAACCGCAAUCAACGAUCUCAUACCCUUAGGACUUAGAACUUUCAUAAUCUCAAAGCUUAAAUAUUUCUUCUCAGAUUAUCAUCCCAACAACAACACGGUCUCACUUCAAAUCCAUCAGUUUUGGGAUGGAAAUGCAAACCAUCUCUUCAAUGCAGCCAAAGAGUAUCUCCCAACAAAAAUCUCCCACACUUAUAAAUCCCUCAAAGUUGGAAAAUUAUCCAAAAACAAAAACAUUCUUUUUGCUUUUGAUGGAAAGCAAGUUGUGGUUGAUGAAUUUGAAGGCAUAAAACUUAAAUGGAAGAUUAUUGAAGACUCAGAAGUUGAUGAUUUUGACAAUCCCAAAGAGAAAGCAUUUAAUAGGCGUAGGUUAAAAAGAUAUUAUGAGGAGGAUGGACUUAUGCUAAGUUUUGAUGAGAAGCAUAGAGACAAAGUUAUGAAUGAAUAUAUUCCCUAUGUUUUAAGCGUUUAUGAGAAUAUAAAAGCAGGACAAAGGACACUUAAGAUUCAUUCUAUGCAAACUGGACCUUGGCAAUCAAGUGAUUUAACACAUCCAGCUUCUUUUGAAUCACUUGCUUUAGAUCCUGAUUUAAAAAAGGUUAUAAUUGAUGAUUUGGAUAGGUUUUUGAGGAGAAAAGAGCUUUAUAAGAAAGUUGGUAAGCCUUGGAAACGUGGUUAUUUAUUGUAUGGACCUCCAGGGACAGGAAAAUCUAGUCUUAUUGCUGCUAUGGCUAAAUACUUGAAAUUUGAUGUCUAUGAUUUGGAGUUAAGUGCUAUUUAUUCUAAUUCCGAACUUAUGAGAGCUAUGAGGGAGACAUCUAACAGUUCUAUUAUUGUCAUUGAAGAUAUUGAUUGCAACACUGAGGUACUACAUCGAUCAAAACAAGAUAAGUUUUUGGAUAAGGAUCAGUUGGACCCUGUCUUAGACCUUAAGGGGACUAAGAAGGUGCCUAAAAGGUUUACUAUGUCGGGUCUUCUCAACUAUAUGGAUGGUUUAUGGUCAAGUUAUGGAGAUGAACGAAUUGUGAUAUUUACUACAAACCAUAGGGACAAAAUAGAUCCAGCAUUGUUGCGCCCUGGUCGCAUGGACAUGCAUAUUCACUUGUCUUUUCUUAAAGCCAAGGCAUUUAGAACCUUAGCUUAUAAUUAUUUGGACAUUGAAGGUAAUCAUCAUCACCCACUCUUUGAUCAAAUUGAAGAGUUAUUGGAGAAAGUAGAGGUCACCCCUGCUGUUGUGGCAGAGUAUUUGUUGAGAAGCGAGGAUCCUGAUGUUGCUCUUCAAGGACUUAUUCAAUUUCUUCAAGAAACUGAUGUUUCAAAAGAAAUUAUGACUGUAGCUACAUAGAAAACUGGCCUCUGGUAUUCUAGUAUUUAUUUAUCAUAGGCACUAGUAUAUAUGCCUGUCUUUAUUUUAAUAUUUUUGUAAGGGAUUUCUUAUAUUUUAUAUGUCUUUUUAUUAUUAAAAAGACCAUGAUAUAGACUAAUUAGGUUAAGUCUACUGGAAGGGGUUAGUUUCUAUAAUAUAACGAAUCUACUAUUGAAUAUAAAUUAUGAGAAAUAUUUAUAUUUAAUGUGUCUUGAAUAAAAUUAUUUUUUGUGGAACAAAUGUAUGGAAAAAAAAUCAUGCUAUAGAAUUUUGAUUUGGUUGAA